AUGGUACAUUCACCAAAACGUAUCAGUCAUACUACUAACAUUAAAUUGGAACCAUACUCUGUUGUUAGCGAUACAUCAACCGUUCCCACUGAUUAUGCAUCAGUUGCUUCUAAUGAAAGCUUCUAUGACACGUCGCACAUUCUCAAUGGUCGGCCUAUCUUUGGACCCUGGCCUAAACCUAUAUUGCCAAUGAAAAGUCAUUCAGAAUCAAAUGAAAUUCAUAAAUUAACACAGUGCACUGAGCAUAGUAUGAAGAAAAGCUCUUCAGAUACAACAAUGGAUACUACUAUUCAUUGUGGAAAGUCAUCAAAAGAAUUAAAUAUCAGUGUUCCGGCGGAAGAAAAAUAUGAUAUUGCCAGACGAAAAUUAUCGAAAAAUAAUUUGCAUGAAAGAAUUGCUAUAACACCACAUGAACAAAUAAAUUAUAAUACAGCUACACUAAAAACUGGCAGCAUUUUAGAUGCAGGAGAAUCGGAGCAUUCGAUAGUAUCACCAAACGGACAAAAUAAAUUACACUUUGAACAGCUUCAGAAACGAUUUACAUCAUUAGCUACGUCAUUUGUUAGCAUAUUAUAA